AUGAAUAGUGCUCUUCAAUGUUUAAGUAAUAUCCCUAAAUUGACUGAAAAAAUCUUGUCGUUUGGUAACGAAAUUAACGCACCAAUAAUUGGUGCAUAUUCAGCAUUGAUUAAAACUAUGUGGUUAGGUGAAGAUGUUACUACUGAGCCGUCAUUUUUAUUACUGAAUAUUUCUGAAAAUUUACCACGUUUUCAAAAAUAUCGACAGCAAGAUGCACAAGAAUUUAUGAAUCAUUUUCUACAUAUAAUUCAUCAAAAAUUAACAAACGAAAAAACAUUAAUUACUGAUUUAUUUUAUGGUCGAAUUCAAUCAAAUGUUAAAUGUUUAGGAGGAUGUCAUUCUAUUGACACUAAUGAAGAAUUAAUUAGUUUUCUUCCACUACCUGUUGAAAAUGAUAAUGAUCAGUAUGAUAUUCUCUAUCUUAGAAGCAAUGGUGAACAAGAAUUAGUUUCAGUUCAUACAUGUGGAAAAACAAUCAACACACUGAUUGAAUCGUUCAUUAAACAACAUGAAACAAAACUAUCAGGUACUCGAAUUCAAGCUUUUAGAAUAGUAGAUAAUAUGAUUAUGGAAAAAUAUUCAUCUUACACAUUAUUGAGUGAUACAAUCAAGCAUCAACUAAGUUUUAUCGAACAUCCUGAAAACACUAUUGAGCAAAGAUAUGUUGAAUUAAGAUUUCUUAAUCAUGAAACACAUAGACCAUUUCGACCACCUAUCUUUCUUGUUCGUCCAUCCUAUGAUUGUUGCUAUUCUGAUCUAUCCGAACAGAUCAAUUAUAUUCAAAAACAUCUCUGUUCAGUGACUGGUGCACCGACAUCUGCAUUUCAUCUUUAUUGGAUAACUAAUAGUGGUAGCACUUGGAAUUUUGAGAUAGAGACGCAUAAACACAAUAGUCGCACAAAGAUUGAUACAUAUAUCGACUUUCCACUUCAAGAUCCUGAUCUUCGUCCAUAUAUCAUUCAGAAGGAUGAUCAAAAAACGAAUAUACUUACAUUGUACCAUCUCGUAGCUGUAUGUAAUCAUACAGGUAGUCUUGUUAGUGGACAUUAUUUUACGUAUGCAAGAAAUGAUCGAAAUAAAAAAUGGUAUUCGUUUAAUGACGACACAAUUCGAGAAAUUCACAAUGAAAAUGAUAUUGUAACAAAAAAUGCUUAUAUUCUUGUAUAUGUUCAACAAGCAACUCUGUAA